AUGAACUCCUCUCUGAACAUUACUUUGAUAUUCACUGCGUAUGGAUCACCACAAUCUCUCAAUUACUUAUUUUUCACUUUUACUCUUUUGGUGUAUCUUACCUCAGUUUUUGCAAACAGUUUCCUGAUGCUGGUUAUUUAUGUAGAAUCUAGUCUCCACAAGCCCAUGUACAUAUUUUUGUUCAACUUGGCAAUAAAUGGGCUGAUUGGAAGUUCUACGGUCUGGCCAAAAAUCAUGGAUAAUCUUCUCUCAGAUACUCAGGAAAGCUCCCUUGAGGAUUGUCUGAUUCAAGUGUUUUGGACUAAUUUCUAUGGAGGUUCUGCAUACUCAAUUUUAACAGUGAUGGCUUAUGACAGGUAUGUCUCCAUUUGCAAGCCUUUGCAAUACCAUAGCAUCAUGACUCCCACUAAAGUGAAGCAACUGCUUACCGUUGCGUACAUCUUUCCUGUCCUCUGUCUAUCCAUUCAAGUAUAUCUAACUUCAAGACUGCCAUUGUGUAGUUAUACCAUUCACAAGCUGUUCUGUGAUAACCUGGCAGUUGUUAAUCUAUCCUGUAUAAAAAGUAAUCUGGUUAAUCUGUAUGGUUUAUGUAUUAUUGUAGCUCUGAUGGUUUUCCCUGUUUGUGUAGUACUGCUUUCUUAUGUCAGAAUACUUCUUGUGAGCUUGAAAACUUCAAAGGAAGCCCAAAAAAAAGCCCUGAGUACAUGUACUCCUCACUUAAUCACUUUCAUCAAUUUCUCCCUGGCCUCUCUCUUCUCCGUCAUUUAUAAUAGAUUCAGCCUGUAUCUGCCUAGCGAGAUUAAUGUAUUCAUGUCAGUGCACUUUGUCUUGGUUCCUCCUCUGUUACAUCCAAUUAUUUAUGGAAUCAGAACUCAGGAGAUCAGGAAAUGUAUUGUGAAAAUGAUAAGAAAAAGGAGAGUUUUUGGAGGAUCAUUAGAUUUUUUUACAUUUCGGAGCCUGGCAUUAGGUAACAUGCAUUAA